AUGCAAAGGGUAACAAACAGCCUGCAGGCUUUCCUUCACGCGUGGAGCAUGGUUUUUAUAUUCACAUCCACCUUGUUGGGUGCCAAGAAAGAACCUCGUGGCAUUUUUCCGAUGUUUGUGGAUUGGCUCGACAAGACCAGCUGCAUGUGGUGUGGUCUGCUCCAAUGCCGCGACUUGCUGGGUUUGGGCUUGGACCAUGCCUCUACUGGCUACCCUGGGCAGUUGGUAGCGGUGGAAGCGGUGCAGCGUUCACGGUGCAAAGGAUCUGCUCAACCCAAGUCGGAUCUACGGCGAGCAGCCCGAUGA